UUUGUUGCCUAGGCUGUCUUCCCCUACCAUUAAGUUUCUGUUGUUGACUAGGGGAAUAUAUAAAGUCAUGUUAACUAGAGCGCAGAGGUUCUUACUUUUCAUCCGUGUUAACGGCGACACAAGUAUCUUUGGCCAAAAUGGAUGCAUUUAUAUCUUUCUGUGUUUUCCUUUCGGUGGUUCUUCCAAUACACUCGGUUCCAAGAAUUGUGGACUUGUCUUAUCAACAAGACGAUGACGCAAUCAGCUGGCCUUCCAAUCCGCCGUAUAAUUUUACCAAACUCUAUCGGGGAUUUUACGCAGAAUUCAAUAUCUGGCUUGAAAACAACCACAUCGCCAUGCCAGAGCACAUGGGCACCCACAUUGACGCUCCGGUUCAUAUUCACCAGGGCUCUUGGAAGACGCAUCAAAUUCCGAUUGAAAAACUGUAUGGACCUGGAGUUAUUAUAAAUGUUAAAACCAAGGUCGAGAGCAAUCCAGAUUACAGAGUUUCCACAGACGAUCUUUCGAAAUACGAGGAAAAAUACGGAGAAAUUCCUAGGCAUGCCGUUAUUAUAAUGAACUCGGGUUGGACCAAAAAAUAUCCUAACGCCACUCUUGUCUUUGGGACCACAGACCUUCAAGAUUCCUCUACAUACCACUUUCCUAGCUGGCAUGAAGAAGCUGUCACAUGGCUGAUAAACAAAAGACAAGUCAACGCCAUUGGGGUGGACACUCCCUCUACUGAUUACGGACAGUCCAGAACAUUGACCUGUCACGUGAUCAUUGGAAAAAAUAACGUGGUAGGGAUUGAAAAUGUUGCAAAUCUGGAUAACAUUCCAGAAAGCGGAAGCACUAUUUACGUUCCGGUUGUGAAGAUUUAUGACGGAAGUGGCGGACCUGCGCGUCUUUUCGGGACAUACGAUGACGAUCCGGACAAAACAAACGCAGCAUCUACAGCUUUAUGCUCCAUCAUCUACACAUACUCUCUGAUCAUCGCUCUUAUUGUCAAAUUUUAAAUAUGUAUAUAUAUAUUUCUUUUUAUAUAGAAGUGAAUAUUUAUCUAAAAAAAAUUUUACCUUAAAUCUACUUUUAGUUUCAUAUUUCAAGAUAAAAUGGAGGUUUUCAUUUAUACAUUUAUUUCAUAAGUGUGGUGGAUACUACCCAUUAGAUAAACCUACGGUUUAUCAAUAGCACUUUCGAUCCGGUUUUGAGACAAUCCCUAGCUUCAAGAUGUAAAUAUUUCGAAACUUCUAUUAGUGAAAAUUCUACCAGAGGGAGCUUUGUACAUAACAACACCCCUAGCUUCUUUAUAUCUACGGCCUAGCCAGGAAAGUGAGUCUUCUAUGCAAACCAGGAACAAGUACUCUUCCUCUUAUUUAUAAAGUGAACCCCAUGAGGACCUGUUGUUACCUCUACAUAUAUGGACAUUUGUACUGAAGGGUGAUCGAUCUUGUAAUUUUUUUUUUCUUUUUAAUUCGUAGUCCGUUGAUUGGAAUAUCGGUCCUAUGUCAAGGAUCACAACUUUUGGGCGGAUAAGGUUUGUAUUUUUAAAUUAAAAAAAAAAAAACUGGAGCUCACUGGAAACACCAGAAAGACUGAAUAUAAAUUACAAUAAUUUAUUUGAAAUGACAGCCAGAAAACCGAUGACCUUCCUUAAUAUGUACAGAAGAUUGAUUUUCACAAUUUCGUUUAUUUCCACAAUGUUUUUUUUUCACAGUUACGUGUACUAUACAUUUUGGAUCGAGCGUUAUCUGUACAAUAUUAAUGUAAUUUUCUUUUUUCUUUUUAUUUUGUUUCAUUUCUAUCUGAAAAUGUGCACAUUUUAUCAAGGAAAUUGAAGUUGAGUUAAAUAUUUCCUUACCAUGAAACUUAACUUGAGAAUCCACGAGAGAUGUAUAUCGUUUUUUGCCUGACGCCAAGAAUGUCAGGCAGUAUAAGGAUCAAUUUUUCCAUGGUCCGAAACUAAGCGAUCAUACUUAGUGAGCUAGAUUUUGUGCAAGCUGAUUUACAUUGGAAUUUGUUACCUGAAUUUUAAAAGAAACCGUUUGCAGAAAAAAGAAUCAUAUUAUUGAUUUUUUCUUUUUAUAUGCACCUGUUUAUUGUUCGCAAUUCCUAUACAGACAUGUCUGUGUAACAUUUUUCGGCGUUUCUAAACUACUGGAUUAGUCUAUUUGUGUCAGUAAGACUAUGCCGUUAGCUCAGUUUCAAAGAAACUAUUCAAGAUAUUUUUAUCUAGACACAUGCACUGAUAUAUAUUUGUGAGAACUAUUCAGUUGUCCAAAGUGUAUGACCUUGACAUUAUUUUUUUUAUUUUGCCCUUUGGUCAGUUUCAAAGAAACUAGAUAUUUUUAUGCAAGUUAAUGCACUAGGACACAAUUUUGUGAGAAUUUAUCAACUAUCCAAAUUUUCUUACCUCGACAUUCUUAAUGACCUCUGACGUCACUUUUUAUUGUUUAUAAAAACUCGUUUUUAAGAAACUAUUUCAGUUAUUCUAAUAAAACUUCAUACGUUAAUUCACACUUCAAUGUUGCAUUAAUAAUGAACCCUAGGUGGGACAUUCAUGUCAUGUGGACAUAUUUCUACUUUUUUGCUUAUCAAGUAGAUUACACAAUAUAUACGAGAGGUGUAGCUUUUUUUUGCUUUCUCACAACUAUUUAUAUUCAAAACCAUUAGUAUACCUGCUGUUCAAGCAUCUGAACAUUUCAUGUAAUUUGAUUCAAUAUAUAAUGUACUUAAUAAAUGUUCAUGUGUCAUGCACUAAGGUUAUUCGUUAAUUUACAAUAUUACAUUUGUUAUUUGGUCAUAACUUUUCAGAAAGUGUACUGUAACCAGUAGUGUGACAUUUGUUUUAGGUGAUGGUUUAUCAGAAAGAUUUUGCCAUACACCUCAUAAAUAACACUGAUUAAUACCUUUUCAUUUCAUAUAACAUUUUGAUUUAUGUCUUUUCAUUUCACUUUACCAUGCUUAUCCAUGUACAUCCUUAACUCCUUAUAUUCAGUUUUUUCAAACAUUGUUAUUUUCUUCACACUUCUACAUGUAAGAGUAAAAUUUGUAAAACAAUACCAUGCCAUUGAAAUGUUAUCCAUAUGCAUGUACAUUCAACGUAUAUCCUUGUUCUUUGAGAUUAAAUAAAUAUAUAUAUAU